AUGACCUCGACCUCGAUUCUGUCUGCGCUCGAUGCCUUGAGACCCCAUCCGGUCGACGCCCGCGUGUGCCUCCGCCACAGCGCGUUCGGCAUCCUCGCCGUUUUCCUGCUCGUCCACCUCUCGCCCAUGCCGGGCCCCUGGCGAGCUCUCGACGUCGUCUGGCUCAGCAGGAAACGCGCGGAGACGCGUCAGAGACAGAUUACCUACGAUGCAUACGGCAGGAUGAACCGUGCAUGGACAGAGCCGCCCGAGGCGCAGGUCGGGACGGGGGAGUGGUGCGUAUGUGCCGCAGAGCUGGCGCUUCUUGGACUGCUCCUCCUCAACGUGGUUCAGUCCAUCCUCGCGCUCAAGUAUCCACGAAAAGCCACCCGCCCGCUACCGAGCCCUGCUGCGAAAGGCAUUCAGUUCCUCAACCGACCGUCGUCCGCGUCUGCCGGUCCCUCCGGGCUAGCCCAAUCUACGAACAGCAAGCGGAAGCUGCUUUCUCCCAGCACGUCGCCACAGCCGCAACGCUCGUUUUCGUCGUCCUACGCCACGUCUCCGGGAUCUCCGAACCCGUUCCAGACUUCCACAUCAAGUACGACGCUCUCGCCUUGGAAGAGUCCGCUCAGCUCCUCCUUGAACGCGUCGCUGCUGUCGUCGACGGGCACGCCGAGUCCCAGCCCCGCUCCCUACCGCGGCGCGGGGAGCCUCAACGUGAGCGCGCUUGGGCGCAGACCGGGUAGCGUCGGUGGACGCGCGCUCGAGGGCUCGUUUCUGCACCGAUUACGCACAGCCGACGAUUCGGACGAUUCUGACGACGACGGCAACGAAUGAACGCGCGGUCCUCGGUAGAGCUAAGAGCACCUCCUCCCUAUGCGCGUUCGUGUGCUUGCGAUCCGUUACCCGUUUUUACAUAGCCAAUGUGCAUUCGAUGCUCUCGAUCGCAGAGAGGCAUUGACCGA